GAGUUCUACUGUUAUUGGGACGAGUUUUAUCAUUUUUAAAAAAAUUCUUUGUCCUCGGUAAGUGGUAGUAAUAAGCGUUUUCUUUCGAUUGCAGAAUAUUACCAUACCAAGACAGUCCAAAAUUUAAUCCAGGUACAACUAACCAUCCAGGCAUCGUCGUCUCCCCACUGUUGGGAGGGAAGCGGAGUCAGGUUUACUGAAGUGGGGAGAGUAGCCUUUUGGUGAACAAGUUAAUUAGAUCAAUGGCGAUCCUGAGAGCUGCAGCAGUGAGUGCUGUUCUGUCUCCAAUUUGUUCAUUGCCAUACAACUCUGUAGUGGGAGGAGGAGGAGCAGGAGCAGGAGCAGGUGGCUUUGCUGCGCUGCGAAUCCGGCCUUUGAGACAUCAUGCAUUUAAGCAGCAGAGAUGGCUUUCCUCUUCCACUCCAAGGGCUUUCACCUGCACCGCUCUCUACAGACCAGAGGUCGAGAUCAAGGACGAGGGUGCUCCGGAAACGCUCCAGUACAGAGUCUUUUUCCAUGACAAAUCCGGGAAGAAGAUAUCGCCUUGGCAUGAUAUUCCAUUGCAAUUAGGGGAUGGAUUAUUCAACUUUAUAGCUGAAAUACCAAAAGAGUCAAGUGCAAAGAUGGAAGUGGCAACUGAUGAGCCAUACACACCAAUCAAGCAGGACACUAAAAAGGGCAAGCUUCGUUAUUACCCAUAUAACAUAAAUUGGAAUUAUGGAUUGCUUCCACAAACAUGGGAGGAUCCAUCUCUUGCGAACACAGAAGUUGAAGGAGCUUUCGGUGACAAUGACCCAGUUGAUGUUGUUGAGAUUGGAGAAAGGCGAGCUAGAAUUGGAGAAGUACUCAAAGUGAAACCAUUAGCUGCUUUAGCAAUGAUUGAUGAAGGCGAACUAGAUUGGAAAAUUGUGGCUAUUUCUAUUGAUGAUCCAAGAGCUUCACUAGUUAAUGAUGUUGAGGACGUUGAGAAGCAUUUUCCGGGAACAUUACUAGCGAUACGGGAUUGGUUUAGAGAUUACAAGAUUCCAGAUGGGAAACCUGCCAAUAAGUUUGGCCUUGGUAAUAAGGCAGCAAACAAGGACUAUGCACUCAAAGUGAUUGCAGAGACAAAUGAAUCUUGGGCAAAAUUGGUGAAGCGAACUGUUCCUGCAGGGGAGCUAUCUCUCGCAUAAAUUAGCAAACUUUUUGAGUUUAGCUAUAUAUUUAUUUUGUUGUCACAUCUGAGCUUGGUAAUCAUUUUCAAAUAAUUUUUGUUUUGAUCAUGAUGGGUUGAUUUUCCUAGAUUAAAGAAUAUGUUCACCUCAUCUGCUGAGUUUUUUUCUUGUAGAACAUUAGGUAGGUGUUGUGUUGACUAGGUUUUGAUUUGUAAACGUCAUAAUUCAAGAAUAAAUAAUUUAUAUACUACUUAUCUGCAUUUUAAAAGAGCUAUACAUUAUUUAUUUACUUUA